AUGUACGCGCAAGCGGUCAAACUCGCGCUUUUGGUGGUGCUGCUCGCCUCUCCGUUCGCCGCGGCCGCCCGGGACCUGAAAUGCGUCGCCGGCUCGGCGUGUGACGGGGGAGGUGCGGCCGCCGGGGUCGUCGGGGCCGUGACGGGCGCCGUCGGCGCAGUGGCCAACAGCAUCAAGAGCAGCUUCAGUCAGUCGAGCAGCGUCGGGGCGUCCUCGGGCGGCGCCGUCUCCUACUCCUCUUCCAGCGGCAUGAGCGCCGGCGCGGCCAGCGGCGGGGCCAUGCAGUCGUUCCACGGCCUGAGCGCAGGCGCAUCGCUGCAGCACAACGUCGCGUACCUCGUGCAGACGACCAGCCAGCAGCAGACCGCCGCCGAGGCUUGCGCAGCUCUGUUCAACCAGCAGCUAGCUGCGAUGUCCGCGCAACAGCAGCAGGCCGUGGCCACGAGCGUGAUGCACGUGCAGCUCCUGGACAGCUCCACGUACCAGGACCCCGCGUGCGUCCAGCAGACGUGCGGCGCCAACGGCAGCAUCCAGUACGAGACGAGCUUCAUCACCGACCAGGACACCCUGUCUGCCAUCGAGAUGCUCCUGGCCAUCAAGCAGCAGGUCGCGGCGCAGACGCAGUACGCCAUCUCCCUCGCGGACGUCAUCGCGCUGUGCUCCGUCGAGUCCGCCGUCGUCCUGCAGUACCCCGUCCAGAGCACUGUGCAGCUGCAGCUCGGGCGCGUGGACGCCACGCAGGCCGACUGCGGGGGCUGCGGCGCCCUGUCGAGCGGCAACGCGUUCUACUCCAAGGCCGCCAACCUCGAGUCGCUCUUCGUGAAGCAGAUGGGCUUCUCGUCCCAGGGCGCGCUCGCCCUCACGGCCAGCGUGGCGGUGCCGCGCGUCGUCUCCACGUCGACCACGCAGCACACGUCGUCGGUAGGGUUCGAGGGGGUGUCGUCCUUCCUGCACGGCUGCUCGUCGUCCAGCGCGUGCGGCAGCUCCCUCGGCGGCGCGGCGAGCUCGUUCGGCGCGUCUCUGUUCCAGGCGGGCUCGCUGUCGCAGGCCACCACGUCGCUGACGUCGGCGUCGUCGUUCGGGGCGGCGUGGGGGUCGAACUGGUCGCAGCUGUGCUCCGUGGGGGCGGUGUUUGCGUGA